AUGGGAUAUGAAGGACCUUCAAGGUGUAUACUUUGCAAAGCCCAAUCGAAGACAGUGGACCACCUCCUCUUGACCUGUCCCUUUGCCUCUAAAUGUUGGAGAUGCUUCUGUGCAAAAUUGGAACUGAUCUUAGUCUUGCCAAAUGAUAUUAAGCUUCUAUUCCAGAGCUGGCCUCUACAUACAAAGGAGAGCUUGCUGAGCCAAAUUAUGGAAAUUGCUCCUUCAUGCUUAAUUUGGGAAAUUUGGAAAGAAAGGAACCGCAGGCUAUUUGAAAGUAAAGCUAGAAAUCAGAAAUCAAUUCUAAAUUCAAUAGAAUCGGCAACAGUGGAUUCAAUCAAUAGCAUAUCAUCCUUUGCACUGAAUCAGUCCAAAGUUUUCACCUCAUGGGAUAGGAAAAUUAGUCAAAACUGGCAAGGAAUCAUUAUUCCCUCACUCUCUCGCCAUAACACAAUUUCAAGGAAAGGAGCAAUCUGGUCUCCCCCGAAGCCAGACUGGGUGAAACUGAAUUUUGAUGGGGCCUCCAAAGGCAACCCAGGCCCCUCCGGAAUAGGCUAUGUCAUCAAAGACCAGUUAGGAGCAAUCAUCGGGAAAAUGGCAAAACCAAUCCCUCCGGACACUAAUAACAUAGCAGAGUUCACCGCUCUACUAUUAGGCCUGAAAGACUACAUCAACCAUGGAAUCAAAAAUAUUAUAGUGGAAGGAGACUCGGAGAUAGCAAUUAAUGCUAUCAGGAAGAAGGCAACCCCCAAUUGGAGGCUUCAAGCUCUUUUGGAGGGUAUUCUAGAAAUUUUAAACAGCCUGGACCUCUUUGAGGCAAAACAUAUAUAUAGAGAAGCAAACACAGAGGCGGACGCUCUAUCAAAAGUUGCAGCUCUAGGAGCCUCUAUUCACUGGUGGUCACAAGGAUCUUAG